UCUCCUUGAGCCUCUUGUCCCGCCCCUGCCUCACCUUCAGCUCGCUACGUCGCCGGCCCCGAGCUUUACUCAGAAACCCCUCUAUUGUCCGAAACCGCGCCCCUCCUCCCGCCCCGCCAUGCCCUGCUUCAAAGGUCUCGCCGUGAGUAUACACACUCCGGACGGCCCUAUCUCGGAAUAUUCGAUCCAACGCCAGUCUCGAGCCUCUCGCAUAGCCUGCUUCAUCCCCGUGCCGCCGCCCAAGAUCCCCGAGUCCGGCUCCGGUCGACCUGAACAAUCCACUUUCGCCAUCUCCAUCACCCUCCUCAAUCCCGCCCAGGAUGUGCCGUACUCCGCCCCGAAACCGACCCCGGACAACCCCACGCCCAAGCCGAAAGUGGUUGGUGGGCUGCCAGGAUCGACUGGGGAGCGGGGUCAGUACAGCAGCAUGGUGGCUCCGUAUCAGGCGUUGACCAAUUCGCCCAACGAGACGGUCGCCGCCUACAUCUAUUUUGAUGGCCGACAAAAGGAAGAGGUGGCUACUUUGCUGCGCAGAGGCGAGGAGACCUGGGUCAACUCCCGAUGGGUCAGUGUGCCGGAAUCCGAGGGUGGGGGUCUUGCCGAACGCGAGUUCCUUUUCCGCGAAGUCGGGCUCGAGAGAUGGCUGAACGGCCUGGAUCUGGAAGGGAAAGAUGCAGCCGCCAAGAUCGAGCGCAGACGGCAAAAGAUGGAAAAGCGUCGGAUGAAGCGCGAUGAGACUGGUGACUUGAUGAUGGACACCAAGUCGGGCAAGGACGGCAAGGGCAUCAUGCGCUACGGCAACGAUGCGAAGUCCCCGCUGGAAGAUAUCUCCGACGACGACAUGUCUUUCUCCGACUCAGAUGACGAUCCGAUUCCGGAGUCGCAGGGUCAGAUCAAGGUGGCUCUCUUCCGUGUCCUGGCCUCCGGGGAGAUCAAACGGGGCGAAUACUCACCGCAGUUCGAUGCCCAUGAUGACGACGAUGAGGGCCAGGGCGGAAAUGGCAACGGCGAGGACCCGGAUAUCGACCAUACAACGAGCUUUGCGAAGCCGAAAACGCUCGACCCCAAGACGAUCAGCACGCAGACCGUGACUGGAAUCGACGCGUCCGACAAACCGUACGCCGUCUUCACAUUCAUGUACCGCGGUGGACGGCAGUUACAGAAGAUGGGGAUUGUGAAGGACUCCAAAGCACAGGAGACUCCCGGAUCGGCUAAACGCCGGUCAUUACAGACCGAUUUCGCCAACCUCGGUCCACUGAAACCUGGCGGCACGGUUGGAUUUUUGAACUUCCGAGAGAACGCAGAAAACCAGCGCAAGGGCAAGAAGGACAAGAAGGCCGGUCGAGACGAUGAAAUGGAUAGUGACGACGAUGAAGAUGACUCUAUCCUGGGUAAAGCUGAUGAGGAAGAGGGCAAGGAAGACGAUCUGCAUCUCUCCCCGGACGAUAUCAGGAGACAAGGAGAGCUGGCGGAGAGCAUGCGGAAGAUCAAGCUCAAACGACAGCAUUCGUCGGCGUCGCUGGCGACCAACACGCCUCCCGCUGAGGCUGGAAGCCCGCGUGCCGCCGUGGAGACUCCCUCGUCAUCCAACGUUUCCACCACGCCGCCGUCUGUUGCCGCCCCCGUCGCCGCCCCCGAAGCCCCCAAGCCAGCCGUCAAUCCCCUGAAUGGAGGAGGAUUCGUCGGCAGUCCGUUGAAGAAGCAACGGGCAAGCGUAUCGCAAUCGGACGAAGACGCCAUGCGUCGACGGAUCGAAUCCGGUCUUUCGCAGGAAAUCACCAACACCGACCCGGAGCCCAGCUCGCACGCGGCCCAUGCCCUCGGCGCGAACCUGCACAACCCCCAGGAAAACGAGGACGAGGAACUCUAGGCCUAGAGGGACUUUUACUCUUAUGAAGUAGACCCAGACCACGCCAUCUCCAACCAUGUCGACCACAAACCCAACCUAACCAAACCACUCUUCCCUCUCCAAGCCACACCAAACACCACUCUCAAAAUCCUCUCUUCCCUUACUCUUUCUCUUCUUC